AUGCUGUGUUGGGGAACGGGGGACACCGGGCAGGACCGGGCCGUGCUGCAAUUGAAGCAGCAGCGGGACAAGCUCCGGCAGUACCAGAAGCGGCUGAGCCUGGGCCUGGAACGGGAGCGGGCGCUGGCCCGGCAGCUGCUCCGGGACGGCAAGAAAGAGAAAGCCAUGCUCCUGCUGAAGAAAAAACGGUACCAGGAGCAGCUUCUGGAUAAAACAGAGAACCAGAUCAGCAACCUGGAGCGGAUGGUCCAGGACAUUGAGUUCACCCAGAUUGAAAUGAAGGUCAUAGAGGGUCUGAAAAUAGGCAACGAGUGUCUGAACAAAAUGCACCAGGUUAUGUCCAUAGAAGAGGUGGAAAGGAUAAUAGGAGAAACCCAGGAUGCUGUGGAGUACCAGAGGCAAAUAGAUGAGCUCCUGGCUGGCAGCCUGACUGAGGAGGAUGAAGAUGCCAUUCUAGAAGAAUUAAAUGCUAUUACUCAGGAACAGUUGGAGCUUCCAGAAGUUCCUUCGGAGCCGCUCCCGGRGAAGAUCCCAGAAGUGUCCCCCAUCAAGAACAGGCCAAAGCCAGAGCUGGUGGCAGCAUCUUAACUCCCAGUGCUGGGGAUUCCCCCACAAAACUUUCACCCUGGACAGUUUGCCCUCCCAGCAUGUGCUGGGCACAGGCAAUGCCUUGGCAGCAUCCCAGCUGUGCUGGGUGGAUUGUGGAGCAGGAUUCCCUGCACAGGGUGGGGAACCUCAGCUGAUUAUUGCUCUUGUAUCAAGAUUAUUUUCUAGCGCUUUCUUUUUUUGUAACUUAAACUCCAGACUCACUCAGCUGCGCUGUCUCGGGAUUAAACAGCAACUCGAAAACAUCCAAAGCCAAAUUUUUCUCUGUAGGUUUGAUUCUAGUGGUCAGUCUGCCUUUGCUCUGGCCARAUCCCAGGCUCAGAGUGAUGGUGUUUGUGCAGGGCAGGCACGAGUCCUGUGGGAUCACUGUGGUGUCCCUGUGUCCCUUGUCUCUCCUGUCACAUGUGGGGAUAGGCUGCGGUGUCCUUGUCCUGUUGGGCAGCRCCGGAGCUGGGAGCAUUCAGCUCCCACACAUCCAGGACUCGGUUCUGACCUGUCCAGAGCCAGCCAAGGGGCUGUGAUUUGGGCCAGGCUCAGGCUGGGUGCUCAGCUCUGCUGGGAGCUGAGGAAUUGGCCCCGUCACAGCUCAGCUCUGGCUGGCAGAAAUGGCCUGCGAUGGCAGCGAGGAGCUGCUGCUGUGCCUGGAGCAGCAUUCCUCCCUGGCUGGCUCUGCUCCAGCAGAGAUCACAGUUCACCUUUGCUCGGGAUGGAUCCCAUGGACUCUGCUCCAGCAGAGGUCACAGUUCACCUUUGCUGGGAUGGUGAUGGAUCCCAUGGACUCUGCCCCAGCAGAGAUCACAGUUCACCUUGGCUGGGAUGGUGAUGGAUCCCAUGGACUCUGCCCCAGAGGUCACAGUUCACCUUGGCUCAGAUGGUGAUGGAUCCCAUGGACUCUGCCCCAGAGGUCACAGUUCACCUUUGCUCAGAUGGUGAUGGAUCCCAUGGACUCUGCCCCAGAUGUCACAGUUCACCUUUGCUGGGAUGGUGAUGGAUCCCAUGGACUCUGCCCCAGAGGUCACAGUUCACCUUUGCUGGGAUGGUGAUGGAUCCCAUGGACUCUGCUCCAGAGGUCACAGUUCACCUUUGCUGGGAUGGUGAUGGAUCCCAUGGACUCUGCCCCAGAGGUCACAGUUCACCUUUGCUGGGGAUGGAUCCCAUGGACUCUGCCCCAGAGGUCACAGUUCACCUUUGCUCGGAUGGUGAUGGAUCCCAUGGACUCUGCUCCAGAGGUCACAGUUCACCUUUGCUGGGGAUGGAUCCCAUGGACUCUGCCCCAGAGGUCACAGUUCACCUUUGCUCAGAUGGUGAUGGAUCCCAUGGACUCUGCUCCUGCCACACGUUUCCUCGGGGCCUGGAUGAGUUUCCUCGGCUCGUGCUGCACCAGAACAGGGCCUGGAGCUUCAGAAACCAACCCUCCAGAGACUCAGGAGCAGCUCGAGGGAGCCCCAUCCCUCUGAGGACAGUYGGAGCAGUGCCAGCUCACUGGGACRCUGAAAGCUCUGGAAYGCUGCCCUGCCAGCCAGGUGGUGGCAGAUUUGGCUGCUGGUGGAAGCGAGCUCACCYGCCAGCUUGCAGAUGCUCUUCAGGACACUGCAGAUCUUUAUUUAUUACCUUCUCGAAGCCACAACCCUUAAUCUGCGUUUCUGUGACAGCGGAAGGACCAGAGGRUGCUUGGGGACUUUGGGGUUGUGGGAUCUGGUGCUAGACAAAGAGUGAUCCCAGGRGCUGGGAUGCUCCCCAUGGUGCUGGGCUCUGUGUGCCACCAGGACAGUGUUGGCAAAGCAGCCGUGGCUCUGGAGCUGGACAGGGUGUUGGGUUAUCCCAGGACCAUGGCUCUGGUCACCCCAGCCAGCCAGAUCCUGCUCCCAGCCCUUCCAGCCUCGGGAUCCUGCUCUGCUCCCGCUGGUUCGUUCUGUGCUCAGUCCUGGCUGUGCUGCAACUCAGCCCAUUCCCAGCAGAGAGAGCUUUGGAUUCACCGGUGCAGCGCUGGCAGGAGCAUUUCUGGGCAGUUUUUCCUUCAAGGCUCCUUCAGCCGUUGCCGGGCUGAUGUCGGGUUUUUUAAUGUGCCCCUGAUUAAUCUGGAUUCCUGGGAAGGGGUGCUGGCAUUCCCAGGAUGGUCUGGUAGGGAUCUCCUGGSAGUGUGGCUUUGGGGACACCCUGAUCCCUGGGUUGGUGUCACCAGGGCAGAGGGUGAGGAGGGGGUGCUGCUGUGCCUCUGCUCUGGUUUUCUUUCUGAGGAAGGUCCUGGCAGCAGGGCAGACACGAGCAGCCCUCCCAGGGACGCUGUGCUGGGGCCAGGCCAGGUCCUGGUGGCUGCAGAGAGGGAGCAGGGCUGGUGCUGAAGGGGUUAAUGCAGCUCCUUCCACUCCUUAGCACGGUGGAGAGCAUUUACUGACCCAACAGGAAAGUUUGGAGCAGAUUGGCCGCAGCUUCCUCUGCUAAUCCCUGCCCCAACAGCUUGUGCAGGGUCUCCUUGGGAGGAAGAGCCGGGAGUGGGCUGUGACCUCUGUGCUGUGCUGUGACAAUAAACUGGUUCCAGUGGCUGCACCGA